AUGGUCUUCAACUCGCCUUUCGGUGCCUCUACCUCUAAGCCUGGCUAUGGAUCUAUUAUCAUCAAUUUAUUAUCUCAAGAUAAGCCAGUCCUUGGAACAGUCUCGUAUCAAUAUCCACUCAAGCUAGUUGCGCCAGACCCUCUGCCACCACCAAGCCAUGACGACCAGGGCAACAAUAAGACUGGGCCUCCAAUUUCAGGUCUGAUACACACAGUGUUUCUACUCACCUACGGCGGUGGCAUUGUCGCCGGGGAUAGUAUCGACUUGGAGAUCAAAUUGGAUAACAAGGCUCGGCUCAUCCUGUUAACCCAAGGCUCGACGAAGAUCUUCAAGACACCCAGUCCAGAACUGGUCUCGCGACAACAUAUGACAGUACAUCUGAAACAUGAUGCUGCCUUGGUUUAUCUUCCAGACCCGGUGCAGCCAUUUGCCCACACAGCUUUUUCCCAGUCUCAGACCUACCAUCUCGAUAAAGGACAAGGCAAUUUGUGCGUAUGCGACUGGGUCACGAGCGGGCGCUCUGCACGGGGCGAGAACUGGGACAUUUUCGAGUAUAAGAGCCGGAACGAAGUGUGGACGUUCGACGAGGCAGGGAAGAAGAGGCUUCUUGUACGCGAUAAUCUGAUUCUAGACAAACAUGGUAGAACUGGGAUGCCGCUCGCCUCACGUAUGGACAAUUACUCUGUUUCCGGCACAGUGAUUAUUUGCGGACCAGUUUUCUCGUCACUUUCCAAAUUCUUCUUGGAUGAAUUCGAGGCACUGCCGCGUAUUGGCGGCAGAAAUUGGGGGGACAGCGUACAGCCUGAACUGCUGCCACACGAGCAAAGGCGACAUGCAAGGCAACAGAGAGAGAAGGCUGAUGGUCUGAUAUGGAGUGCGGCAAAUAUCAGGGGCUUUGUGCUGGUCAAGUUUGCAAGCAGGGAGGUGGAGGGCUCAAGGAAUUGGUUGAGGGACAUGAUCAAGGAAGAGAACUCGGUGCCGAGGCUCUUUGGGGAGCGAGCGCUGCUGUGCUUGAAGUGA